UUGCUCGGGCAAAAAUCCAAUUCCAUCUCUCCGACUAAAAGAUUUUUUUUAUUUCUCUCUUUCCCAUCUCGUAACCCUAAACCUAACAUUCUUCUCCCCGUUCGACUCGGAUCUGUUUUCUCCGUCGUUUCUAUUCAGAAUCGCCACCACAAAUUUGGUGUACAGAAGUUUUUUCUCUGUUUUCCUUGUCGUCAAUUUCUUCGGUAAUGAGUCCCACCGCGUCAACCUCCACCGUCGGAGGUGGCGGAUCGGCUGAGCCUUCCGGUGUAAAGAAAACCUCGAAGCGGCCCAAAUAUUCAAAAUUUACUCAGCAGGAGCUUCCAGCAUGCAAGCCAAUUCUUACUCCAAGUUGGGUGAUCUUGACAUUUCUUGUCGCUGGGGUUGUCUUCAUUCCCCUCGGAGUGAUCUGCCUAUUUGCUUCUCAGGGAGUCGUCGAGAUUGUUGAUCGAUAUGACACAGACUGCGUUCCAGCAUCUUCUAGGGACAACAAGGUCGCUUACAUACAGAGUGAAGGAGAUAAGAUAUGUAACAGAACAAUAACGGUCACUAAAACUAUGAAGAAUCCCGUCUAUGUCUACUACCAACUUGAGAAUUUCUACCAAAACCAUAGACGGUAUGUGAAAAGUCGAAACGAUGCACAACUAAAAAGUCCAAGGGAAGAGCGUGAUGUGAAAACUUGUGCACCUGAAGAUAAUGUGGGUGGAGAACCAAUUGUGCCAUGUGGUCUUGUUGCUUGGAGUUUGUUCAACGACACUUAUCGAUUUUCAAGAAAUAGCCAACAACUUCCUGUGAAUAAGAAAGGCAUCUCUUGGAAGAGUGACAGAGACAACAAGUUUGGAAAAAAUGUGUUCCCUAAAAAUUUUCAGGCAGGAGCGCCUAUAGGUGGUGGAACUCUUGAUCCCAAGAAACCGUUGAGUGAGCAAGAAGACCUCAUAGUCUGGAUGCGAACCGCAGCUUUGCCAACAUUUAGGAAGCUGUAUGGGAAGAUUGAAACGGACCUGCACGCUGGUGAUACCAUAACAGUCAUGCUGCAGAACAACUACAACACUUACAGCUUCAAUGGCGAGAAGAAGCUCGUGCUAUCAACCACUAGCUGGCUCGGUGGAAGAAACGAUUUCCUCGGGAUUGCAUAUCUGACUGUAGGCAGCAUCUGCCUGUUCUUAGCUGUUACAUUCGCCGUAUUGUAUCUAGUUAAGCCAAGGCAACUCGGAGAUCCCUCGUACCUUUCGUGGAACAGAAGUGCUGGGGGUUGACAUUUCUAGAGUUCUGCAGGCAAUUAGGCUUGCUCCCUCCAUCGUCAAACGGCGUAGUUUUUGGCUGAGCUAACAAAAGAAACGAAAAAGGAGAAAAAAAGUAUAUAGUCCGAUUAUAAUUCGUGUUGUUGAGAACAACGUUUAAUCUCUUGUUUUUUAUUUUUGCUUAAUCAUAUAUCAUUGUAAGAUCAUGGACAAUUAACGGUGUUUAGAAAAUAUUGUGCAAUUA